AUGUUAUCUCGUGUUUCCGCUCGUUCAUACAGCACUGCUGCACAAUCCGUCAAGGUUCUUUCAAGAGAAGCUCCAGGUAAUUUAUCAACUCUUUCAGUUGUUGUUAAUAACGCUGGUUCAAAAAAUGGUAAAUCAGGUAUUGCCCAUUUAUUAUCUAAAUAUAAUUUUUUAAAUACUGAAGUUAAAUCUGCUUUAAGAUUCACUAGAGAAAGUGAAUUAUUAGGUGCUAGAUAUAAUACUAAUGUUACUAGAGAUGCAAUUAUUUUAAAUACUUCAUUUUUAAGAGAAGACUUACCAUACUUUGUUGAAGCUCUUGGUAAUGUUUUAACCAAAACUUCUUUCAGACCACAUGAACUUAAUGAAACUGUUUUACCAGUUGCUAAAGCUGAAUACCAAGAAGCAAUUAAAUCCAAUAACUUUGUUGCUUUAGAAGCUUUACAUGAAUUAACUUUCAGAAGAGGUUAUGGUAAACCAUUAUAUUAUGAUGGUUUAAGUAAAAUUUCAGUUGAAGAUAUUCAACAAUACGCUACUGAAGUUUACAAUGUUAACAAUAUUAACUUGGUUGCUUCUGGUGUUAAUAAAGAAGAUUUAACUAAAUUUAUUGGUGAAACUUCAUUCUCUGAACUUAAAUCUGGUUCUUCAACUCCAGUUGAAACCGCUACUUUCCAAGGUCAAGAGUCAAGAAUUAGAUCAAACGGUGAAAACGUUGCCAUCAUUGGUGUUCCAGUUGCUAAAGCUGACUUUGCUAAAUAUGAAGUUUUAUCUGCUUCGAUUGGUAAUUCUGUUUUACAAGGGGUUGUUUCUCCAUUAUCUAAAAUUCCUGGUGCUGAUUCUCAAUUAUUCAAAUAUCAAGAUGCUGGUUUAUUCGUUGUCUCUGUUUCUAACUCCGAUGCUCAAGUUGUCGCUGAUGGUAUCAGAUCUGCCAAACAAAUUGUCCAAUCAGUUACUUCUUCUCAAUUAGCUGAUUCAGUUAAAGCUGCCCAAUUAGUUCUUGCUUUACAAGACUCUUUUGAAUUCCCUCAUGAUGUUAAAGUCUCCGAAGCUUCUGCUCAACAACCAGCUAAAGUUGAUAAUUUCAACUACGUUGCCGUUGGUAACACCGAUGUCUUACCAUAUGCUAACGAAUUAUAA